UUCUCUGCCCUGCCUAGCUCAAUGCUGGGAGUCCAGGACAUUAGAAGAGGGAAUGGGACCUCAGCAGACUUCAUUCUCCUGGGACUUUUCCCAGAGCUGCGCUAUCUGGGCAUCCUCAUCAUUUCCAUUCUCCUGAUCUAUCUCAUCGCAUUCACGGGGAAUGCCAUCCUGGUCCUCUUGAUCUGGGCAGACUCUCGCCUCCACACCCCAAUGUACAUACUACUCAGCCACCUCUCUCUUAUUGACUUGGCCUUAAUUUCCACCACUGUCCCAAAGAUGGUCAUCAACUUUUUCUCUGGAAAGAAAAGCAUCUCCAAAGUUGCCUGCGGGGCCCAGAUUUUCUUUUUCUUUGCCCUUGGGGGUAGUGAAUGUCUCCUUCUGACUCUCAUGGCUUAUGACCGCUAUGUGGCUGUCUGUAAUCCCUUGAGAUACUCAAUUAUCAUGAACUCUAGAGUCUGUCUAUGGAUGGCCCUUGUGUCCUGGGGUGGAGGUGCCCUGAAUUCUCUCAUCAACACCAUCUAUACCAUGCACUUCCCAUUCUGUGGCUCCAGGGAAAUCCACCACUUCUUCUGUGAGAUGCCCGCUGUCCUGAGACUCUCCUGUGAGGACACUUCUUUGUACGAGACAGUGGUGUCAGUCGUUUGCAUCGUAUUUGUUCUUCUCCCCUUGGGACUCAUCAUGUCCUCCUACCUGCUCAUCUUCCUCGCUGUUCUCAGAAUGAAUUCUCCAGAGGGCAGGAGGAAAGCCCUGGCCACGUGUUCCUCUCACCUGGCCGUUGUGAGCCUCUACUAUGGGCCGGCCAUGAUCAUCUACAUGACCCCCAACUCUUUCCACACUCCAGAACAGGAUGAAAUACUAUCCAUGAUUAAUACCAUCUUCACCCCCAUGCUCAACCCUCUCAUCUACAGCCUGAGGAAUAAGGAGGUGCUUGCUGCCCUGAGAAAAGUAAUGAGUCAACAAUUCAUUUUAAAGUAGAAGACAGGUAUGGUGUUGUACCCUUCAAUCCCAGCACUUUGGAGGCAGAGGUAGACAGGUCUCUGAAAGUUCCGGGGCAUCUUGGUCCAUGUAGUGAGUCUCAAGCCAACCAGGACAACAUAACAUAAUUCCAAACUGCAUUCUACAUACAUAUCCUUAUACCCACAAAUAUAUAUAGCUCUCAUCCCUCAUCAAAUAAAGCUCCUUCUCUGUGACAAAACAGGUCAAAAUGCAGAGAACAGCUGUUGGUGGAGUUCCAGCCCACCAUCAUCUACAACAUAGGCUUCCCACAUAGGCUCAAGAAAUGUUUCUCUGGUACUUUAAGGGUUAUCCCAUCACAUUCAUAUUCCCUACAACACUAUCACUGGCCAAUU